UUAGAUUUUCUUCUUUCUCAUGCUUCAUUUGUGUCCUAAUCGUAUUUAGUAGGCACGUUGUGAAUGUUUCAUAAAUUUGUUGAAUUUGUAAUAGUUCUUUCGCUUUAAACUAAUUAAUUUGAAUAAAUAUGUCGUGGUUAUUCGGCUAUGGACGAAAUAAAGACCAAGGACCCGAUCUUUCUCAAAUGGGGCUUGGUGUUCCGGCGGGUGCCGGUGGUGGUUCAGAUGAGGGCUCUCCCAAAGAGCCCUCAUUAACGAAGUCGGAGCGCAGGCAAAUGGAGGCCUAUCGAUUUGACUCCAGCGCUUUGGAGCGGGCAGCACAGGCGGCAAGAGAUCUGGAGAAGUCGAAAUUUCCGAAGGAAGCUCUUGAGCUAUCCAAACUUCAAGAAACGACAAGGCAACUUGAGCAACAGGCAAAAAUGAAGGAAUAUGAGGCUCAUAUUUCGCAGAUGCAAAUUGAGGCCAAGAGAGCCGAAGCAGAAGAGAAACGAAAAUUGCUUCAGGAGGAGACUAGGCAGCACCAAGCUAGAGCUCAAUAUCAAGAUCAAUUAGCCAGGAAGCGAUAUGAUGAGCAACUUGCACAACAACAACGUAUGAACGAUGAAAGUUUGAGAAAGCAAGAAGAAUCUGUUGCUAAACAAGAGGCAUUGCGCAGGGCAACACUCGAACAUGAGAUUGAGGUGAGACAUAAAAGUGAUAUGAAAAGAAUUGAAGCUGAGUUGAAGGCUAAAGCCAAAGUUGAUAGAGAGAAUCGCGACUUAAAUCUCGAGCAGAUCAGAUUAAGGGCCCAAGAACAUCGAGCUACUGUUUUGGAAAGCAUUAAAACGGCAGGUGGUGUCAUUGGUACUGGUGCCCAAGCAAUGUUAACAGAUUGGGACAAAGUACUUACCGCUGCAGGCGGUCUUUCUUUGCUUGCGUUAGGUGUCUAUUCAGCUAAAGGGGCCACGUCGGUUACAGCAAGAUUCAUUGAAUCUAGAAUUGGAAAGCCGACAUUAGUAAAGGAAACAUCAAGAUUUUCUCUUCUUGAAGCUGCUAAACACCCCAUUGAAACCCUAAAAAGGCUAAGAGAAAAAGAGGAUGAUGUACUUCAAGGUAUUGUGUUAGCACCCAAAAUGGAAGAAAGAUUGAGGGACAUUGCGAUAGCGACCAAAAAUACCAAACGCAACAGAGGAAUGUAUAGGAAUAUUCUUAUGCACGGACCACCUGGAACUGGAAAAACUAUGUUCACCAAAAAACUGGCAAAGCAUUCGGGUAUGGACUACGCUAUUUUAACAGGAGGUGACAUCGCGCCUAUGCGUAAAGACGGAGUAACUGCAAUCCAUAAAGUGUUUGAUUGGGCAAACACCUCCAGAAAGGGACUGUUACUGUUCAUAGACGAAUCUGAUGCUUUUUUGCGUAAAAGAUCAUCAGAAAAGUUAUCUGAAGAUUUACGAGCUACUUUGAACGCUUUCCUGUAUCGAACCGGUGAACAAAGCAACAAAUUUAUGCUAAUAUUAGCUUCCAACACACCGGAACAAUUUGAUUGGGCUGUAAAUGAUCGCCUCGACGAAAUGGUUGAAUUCUCGUUGCCGGGAAUGGUAGAACGCGAAAGACUAAUACGAUUAUACUUCCAAAAAUUUGUUUUGCAGCCUGCCACCGAAGGAAAAAGCAGAUUGAAAGUAGACAAAUUCGACUACAGCGCCCUGUGUACAAAAAUGGCUGAAAUAACCGACGGCAUGUCGGGAAGAGAAAUUGCUAAAUUAGGUAUUGCUUGGCAAUCUGCAGCGUACGCUUCUGAAGAUGGAUUACUUACAGAAAAAAUGGCACUGGAUAUAGUUAAAGAUCAUGUUAAACAACAUCGACAAAAGGUUCAGUGGCAAUCGGAGCAGGAAAAACGUGAAUCAUCACAGGGUUCAUACGAAUAACCGGGGCUCUUAACCCGAUAGGCUAAAGCUAAAGUGGGAUAUGCAAUAGCCGAAGGCCAAAUUCAUAUGUAAAAAAUAGAUAAAGCUGCUUUGGCUAAUGAAUAUCCUCGAAAUAACUUCGCCAAAUCUCAAUCGACCUAAGGUAAAAGCCAGUUGAAAAAUAAGAAAUAGACUGAAUGUAGAAUUUAGAUUAGCAUUUAUUGAAUUCAUUUAGAAUUGUCAAAAUGUUUUUAAGGAAGGGUAGUUGAACUUUAUUAGCUCUUCUUGUAAGUACAUUUAAGCAUAGAACGACAAUGGAAAGAGGUAAGUGAUUCCAACUGAACUUAAAUCAAGAAUAACAAAAAAGGAAAUUAUUUGGAAUUUAUGGUGAUUCGGAUGUGCUACUUUUUUGACUAUUUCUUUCCAUUUAGUUGGUUCAAACCACUGUGCCGGUUCUCAUGUGUUGAAAAUGUUUCGAAUGUAUACAUAUUUAAAUCGAGAAUAUAUGAUUCAACGGGUCUUUACCUAUUGACUUACAAAAACAGAGUUGCAUUUGUAUGAAUUUGUUUGAAUGGCACUCUUUAUUUGAGACUUAAGUUAUUUUAAGUACCUUUUUGGUAUGGUGAUUCAAUCCGAUAGCUAAAAUAUGUAGAAUAAAAUUCCCACUAGCACUUUUAAACGAAUUUAGAUCAAUCCGGUACUUGAAUGGGUAAUUGUUUUGAAAUUGAUAAAGCAAACAUGAUUUUCUGCUAGUUUUAGCUAUAAAGUGGUUGUAUAUCAGUUUUACCCAUAUUUACAAAAAGGUAAGAAUUGUGAUAUUCUGGACGUAGCUCAGGGAAAUAUUUAACUUUAUAUUCCGCUCGUCCAUUUUUGUAAUUUUUCUCAAGAUUGUAAAGACACGGAUAGGUUUUGAAAUAAAUAAUUUUGAAACCGUA